UUCGGGCAACAGUGCUCAGGGUGGCGGGCGGGAGAGCUGCCAGGCUACGGAGAGGACGGCCUGAGUGGGGGCCGCUCCGCCGCCGCUGCUGCUGUGAUGCGGAGCCGGUCCUGCGCCGGGCGGUGGAGUCAGAUCCUCGGCGCGGGAGCACGAGCUGCAACAUCAGCACCCGCGGCGGCGGCACCUGCACCAGUUCCCCGGACCCGCGUUGCGCUCUCAGCCCCGCCGCGCUGGGGGCCGCCGCCCGGUGCUCUCUAUGGAUGUCAAGGCGGCCCCCAAUGGGGUGGCCACCAUCGAGGACCGCAUCCUGCGGAUCACCGGCUACUAUGGCUAUUACCCCGGUUACUCCAGCCAGAAAAGUACCUCCAGAUCAUCAGCAGCUCGAUGUAAACCAGGAACCAACUGUCCCAGUUCACACAGUGGCAUCAGUAGACAACUUUCCCCACUCUCCGUCACUGAAGAUUCUUCUGCUCCUAUUCUUGAACUUCAGAGUCGAGGAUCCUCUGGUGUCUGUGGACAUAGAAUCGAGAGACAGAGCAGAUCAGGGGACGAUGGCACACAGACUCAUCCUGAGAACAGCAGCCAAGAAAACAGAGUCAAGGCUCGCUGCCUGUCCUGCACAUCUGCGUUGCUGAAGGCCAUCUGGGGGCUCUUGAUCAUCUUGUCAGUGUCAUCGUCUUGGGUUGGAACCACACAGAUUGUAAAAAUUACUUAUAAGAACUUCUACUGUCCAUUUUUCAUGACUUGGUUUUCAACAAAUUGGAACAUUAUGUUUUUCCCAGUUUAUUAUUCUGGUCAUCUAGCCACUGCUCAAGAAAAACAAUCUCCAAUGAAAAAAUUCAGGGAAUGCAGUCGGAUUUUUGGUGAAGAUGGUCUGACACUGAAGCUUUUUCUUAAAAGAACUGCUCCUUUUUCUAUUCUGUGGACUUUGACUAACUACCUGUAUUUGCUGGCUUUAAAGAAGCUGACGGCCACGGAUGUCUCUGCUCUGUUCUGUUGUAACAAAGCCUUUGUCUUCUUGCUGUCAUGGAUAGUGCUGAAAGACAGGUUCAUGGGCGUGAGGAUAGUCGCUGCCAUAAUGGCAAUCACAGGCAUAGUGAUGAUGGCAUAUGCGGAUAAUUUCCAUGCUGAUUCCAUCAUUGGAGUGGCAUUUGCCGUGGGUUCUGCAUCUACAUCUGCAUUAUAUAAGGUUUUGUUUAAGAUGUUCCUUGGAAGUGCCAACUUUGGUGAGGCAGCACACUUUGUUUCUACGUUGGGUUUCUUCAAUUUAAUCUUCAUCUCCUUCACUCCCGUCAUACUGUAUUUCACCAAGGUGGAGCACUGGUCCUCAUUUGCAGCUCUGCCAUGGGGCUGUCUCUGUGGGAUGGCUGGACUGUGGCUGGCCUUCAAUAUCCUGGUGAAUGUUGGUGUGGUGCUGACAUACCCCAUCCUGAUUUCCAUCGGGACAGUGCUCAGCGUCCCUGGGAAUGCAGCUGUGGAUCUGUUGAAGCAGGAGGUGAUAUUCAACGUGGUGCGCCUGGCCGCUACCAUCAUCAUCUGCAUUGGGUUUCUACUGAUGCUAUUGCCUGAGGAAUGGGAUGAGAUCACCCUGCGAUUCAUCAACAGCCUGAAGGAAAAGAAGAGUGAGGAGCAUGUAGAUGACCUCGCUGACUCCAGUGCACAUCUGCGGAGCAGAAGCAGGGCCAAUGGGACAGUGUCUAUACCACUGGCUUAAAAAGCAACACACCUUGGAUGCACGUGUAUGUAUAUUCUGUGAAUAUAAUAAAAUUUUCUCACUACCUGUACACUCAAACAACAGUACUAACUCUGAAUUUGGAUAAGUCACAUGUGAAAUAAUGCCAACUAUAGAAGUUUACAUUUAUAUGCUUAUCAAGGAACUGGUGUAAAUAACCAUAAUAAAAUUUUUAUUAAAAUAUA